AUGAUUGGAAAUGAAUUUGAUAAAGUUAUAAAAGAUAUGAAGGAUCUAACUACCGGUGAAAAUGUCGAUAAAGAAAAGGAAGUUUUGGGCAUUUCUGGCGAAGAUUUGUUUGCUGAGCAAAAGAGACAAACAGCUAUGGAAAAAGAACGAAAAGCAAGACAAGCUAAGAUGAAAAAAGAACGUGAAGAAGCAAGACAGAAAAUUUGUGAUAAAUAUAAUAUCAAGAAGAAAGAUGAGCUCUCCACUUUAGCUCACGGUAAAACGACGACGACGACAUUGAAUGAAAACCAAACAAGAGAAGUGCAUCAAGCGUCAAAUAUAGAAAAUCAAGGUAGGUGGUUCAAGAGAGUGAGGGAGUGCAUACUACUUCCAUAACAAUGCUGUUUAUAGCACUCUUUCUUUUUGCCCUUCCCUAUGUCAGGCAUAAGUUAGCGUUCUGUCCUGCCCUGCAGGUGUUAAAGAUAUACUUUUUAUUCAGUAGAAACCUGCGCUCAAUUUCCUGCAAAUUUUUAAUGAAAAUAUUCGCAAAAGAGUCUUCAAAUUUGUUUAGAACAGUUUGAAUUUACAUGCACUAUCCUGUCUUUCAAACAGCUUUGUUGUGCAUUAUGUGGAGUUAAACGACCUUUUUUCUGCCUCUUUGUUUCCUCUUCUUUUUUUAAUUAGGUUUCGAUCCAGUGAAAACGACGACAAAUGUAUUUGAUAGUUUAAAGAAAAAACUCGGAUGGAAAUGACAUUUCUUGGUUAAUUGUAUGACACUCAAUCUUAUACGUAUUUUUUAUAAGUGUGAUUUUUAUUUGCUCGUAUCUUUUUUACGCUCAGCUUUUAUCGUUUUUCUGUAUCCUGUUCCUGUUUUGACUGACUCUUUGAGCUAUUCAUUUAUAAACUGCAGUCUUGUAUGUGGUUUUUUCUGGAUUGAUUUUCGUUCAAAUCCUUUAAAUGUACUAUAAAGAUUGAUACACAGAAAAGUGAAUCGUGUUUGGUGUUCUAAUCAUCUAAACAAGAGAAUCAUCCUCAAACGCGUUAUAUUUCAGUUUGUCUCACCUUUAUUUUCAUUGCAAAAGGCUGAAAUGCUCUAAUUCAGUAUAAAACGUCAUUGCUGAAAAAGUGUUAACUUCCACUUCUAUUGAUAUGAGUUUUGUAGAAAAAUUUUUAAAAAUUGUUAAAAUUUAACAGUUCAUCGUCGAAGUCAUACAGGUAAAAAUUCUUCACAUCGAUUUAUUUCUUAGGUGGAAAAACAUAUUAAUGUGAAUUAUGUGCAUAUAUAUGUGUUCAUUGGUUAAUAUUAACACGUCAUAUGAAAACUCGUGGGUGUGAUGCCCAUACAGCAUUUCAUCGUUGGUAUUGUGUGAUGUCAUUUUCUGCUGGGAGCGCAUUAGAAGAACAUGCGUCUUUGUGAAAGCAAUCAACGAAUUGUGGAUGUAUCUAAAUAACAAAAAAACAAAUACAAUAGAAUCAAAUAGAAAGUGGAUAAAUGACACUAAAAAUGAAUUUUCUAUUAAUGAUAAUGAUGAAAUGAUUGUGGAUGAUUAUUCAUCAUCUGCU